AUGCCGGUUCUGGCGAUUGCGGGUGGCACGUCCUGGGGCAUUGGUCGGGCCUUGACAACUGCCGUCCUUUCAACCCAACACGCUACGCCAUGGACCCCAGUUAUCCUAUCACGAACCACGAGCCCUCCUCUGUGGCUCCGUGCAGUGGACCCCAAUCUCUCCCGCGUUAAAAUCCGGGCCGUUGACUAUACAUCCUUGUCUUCACUGGAGUCUGCGCUGAAGGAUGUCGACACUCUCAUAUCUGUCACAAAUUCGUACGACGGCACACAAGCACAAAUCCAGGUCAAUCUACUCCAUGCUGCGAUCAAGGCUGGCUGCCGACGUUUUGCUCCGUCGCAGUGGGGCAUGGGCCCUCAAGGCUAUGAAGCCCUGAGAAGCCUCAAGUUGGUAAACAAAGGUGUAUGGGAGGAAUGCCUCAAGCACCAAGAUAUAAUUGAGUGUGCUAGGUUCAAUAACGGCAUGUUCCUGAAUUACCUGGCCAAUGGGAUCUAUGAUGCCGAUGCUGGACCUGGGGCAAUUAAGGAUAACGAGACCAAGUUUCGCGAAUUGCGAGAAGGAGGAGGUUAUGCGCCUGGAUUUGAUAUGGCUGGCGAAGGGAUACCUAGGGCAGGAGAUCUCAAAGAUGGAUCAGGCUCUUUCUUGAUCUCCCUUUCGAAGGGAAUAGCUGAGCUACCCGUCACAGACGAUGGUCGAUGGCCCCGUAUUACCACUACUACACUUAGAGACAUCGGUCGCUUUGUCUCUGCAGCUCUUGAUUUGCCGAAAUGGGAGCAUGAUAUGAGCAUAGCGGGCGACACUAUCACGAUGGGGGAGCUUCUUGGCAUCGCUGAAGAGGUUACUGGGAAAAGGUUUGAAGUUCAAAAACUGACGAGCGGAGAUCUAGAAAAGCAGUUGUCAGAAUUGAAACCAGACCAAUUCAUGGAGGCGCUAUGGCUUGAAUUCAAGCUCAUGUACUGCCGCGAUGUGGAGAGCGAGGGCAUAUUAACGCCAAUUGUGAAUGGGUUAUGUCCUGAAGUGAAGCCAGUCUCUGUGAAGGAGUAUCUUGAGAGGUACUGGUCUUGCCGAGAGCAGCUUUAA